AUGGCCCCUGAGCAACCAGAUUUGGAGAAUAAUAUUGAUAAAAUGCAUCGUUUACGUCGAGACCAACCAAAAAAUGUUUUUAUUGGUUAUAUAAACAUCAACUCAAUUCGUAAUAAGUUUGAGAGUUUCAAGUGUGUUAUGGGUGAUCUCUUUGACGUCAUAACAGUUGCAGAAACAAAGCUGGAUAGUUCAUUUCCUUCAAGUCAAUUUGUAAUGGAUGGUUACUCGAAUCCAUAUCGUUUAGACAUCAGCGCGAAUAGAGGUGGAUUGUUAACUUUUGUUAAGAGUGACAUCCCAUCACGUCGUCUUGAGCAGUUUAUCUUAAACCCUAAUAUUCAAGUUACAAUUGUUGAAUUAAGACUACGAAAACAAAAAUGGUUAGUAUGCAGUAUUUAUAGACCACCAAGUCAAAACUCCAAAUAUUUUUUGUCUCAACUUUCAGAAGCUCUAGAUUUCUAUAAUUAUGAUAAUAUCUUGAUAAAUGGUGAUUUCAACCUAGAUCCAGCUGAUACUGAUUUAGGGGAGUUUUUACUAACUCACUCCCUUUAUAAUCACAUGAAGGAGAAAACUUGUUGGAAGUCCUCUUCAGGAUCUUGCAUUGAUUUGAUUCCUUCCAACAGGAAACACUCUCUCAUGCAUACAGGAGCGGCUGUAACUGGGUUGAGUGAUUAUCAUUCCUUAGUUUAUACAAUGCUUAAAACACAAUAUGUCAAACUACCACCACUUAAAAUUAGUUACCGGUGCAAUAAGAAUUUUGAUGAAACUUAUUUUUUAGAGGAUAUUUCUCGGUCUAUGACCAAUAUCUCAAAUUAUGAUGAUUUUCAUAGUAUAUUUACAUCUUUAUUAGAUAGGCAUGCUCCAUUGAAAACCACGUUUCUCAGGGCAAAUAAUAGGCCCCAUGUCUCUAAAACUCUCAGAAAAGCGAUCAUGAAACGUUCGCGUCUUAAAAGGGUAGCUAACACUUCCGGGAAAGACGAUGAUGUGAGAGCAUUUAAAAAACAAAGAAACUUGGUGGUCAAUAUAAAUAGGCAGGACAAGAAAACUUUCUUUUCCAACUUUGCCCGAAGUAAUAUGAGUAAAGGUUUUUGGAAAUCGGUAAAACCUUUGUUUAAUGAAAAAGCCAAAUAUGGUAAAGAAAGAAUUACUCUUGUUGACAAAGACAUAUUAUAUAAUAAUGAUAGUGAUAUUGCAAACAUAUUUAAUGAAUAUUUUAAUAAAAUUACUGACAACCUUAACAUGCCACACAUUCCUCAAGCUCUUUCAUCCGAGUGUGAUGCUGUUCUUGCUGCAGUUGAGAAUUAUGCGUCUCACCCUAGUGUCCUCUUCAUUAAAUCGAAGAAACAGACACAUACUUUUGAGUUGUCUCCAAUUUGUGAGGAUGUCAUGUUUAAGGAAAUUCUUGCGUUAGAUGAUAGCAAGAAAGUCAGUGGUUCGAUUCCAACGAAGAUGCUUAAAUUAGCUGCUAGAUAUUGUGUUCCAUCUUUAUAUAAUAAGGGUAGCUCCACAGACAAGGUAAAUUAUAGACCUGUCAGGUUGUUACCAACUGUUUCCAAAGUAUUUGAGAGAAUUUUAGCCAAACAACUGUUACCAUUCUUCAACACCUUUUUGUCUAAAUAUCUUUGUGGAUUUCGAAAGAGUUACAGCUGUCAGUAUGCUAUUUUAAAUAUGCUUCAAAAGUGGCAAGAAUGUCUCUCAAAAUCUAAAAAAGUCGGUGCAAUUUUGAUGGAUUUAUCCAAAGCGUUUGAUUGUCUCCCUUUUGGUCUUUUAAUUGCAAAACUGGAGGCAUAUGGCGUUGGAUAUAAUACAUUAAAAAUUGUACUGAGCUAUCUAUCAAACAGGAAACAUCGAGUGAGGUUAGGCUCCUCGGUUAGUGAGUGGUUAGAAACUUUGUUAGGAGUUCCUCAAGGCUCUGUCCUAGGACCGAUAUUAUUCAAUGUGUUUAUUAAUAAUUUGUUGUUCCUGUUAUUAGAGGGUGAUAUCUGCAACUUUGCCGACGACAACACCAUUUUUAGUUGUAAGAGUAGCAUUACUGCUGUUCUAGAAAGUUUGCACUCUGACAUAGUCAAAGUGGUAAACUGGUUCAACUCAAAUGGUAUGGUUGCAAAUCCAAGCAAGUUUCAGAUGAUAAUUCUGGGAGCUGAUGUUGGCAAUAUCAGCAUUCAGAUUGGCUCAUCUUCUAUUGCUCCAUCCAAACAAUUUAAGUUACUAGGUAUUACUCUGGAUGAAAAACUUUCAUUUUACCCUCACGUAAAAGGGAUGUGCAAAAGUGCUUCCUCAAAGACAAAAGCACUCCUGAGGAUACGAAAUUUUCUCAAACAGGAUCAGAUUGAUUUAUUAUUUAACUCAUUUAUUUUACCUUGUUUCAAUUAUUGCCCCAUUGUAUGGAUGUUCUGCAGCAAACAGGCACACAAUCUCAUUUCGGCAACCCAUAAAAGAACGUUGUGUGCAAAAACUGGUCUGGUGCAGAAAACCUAUACAGAAAUACUGGAAAUAUCUAGUAUGAUGCCUAUCCAUGAUAGAAAUCUGAAAAGCCUUGUAACUGAAGUUUAUAAGUGUCUUCAUGGAUUGAACCCUGAACUAAUGUGGGAUAUUUUUCGAAAGAAGGAGAUUACUUACAGUCUUAGGCGUGGUACUGUACUGGUCAUUCCACCUUCUAAAAGCAGUAUCGGGCAGAAUUCUUUUCAAUUUCGCGCUAGCCUAGCCUGGAAUUACCUACCUGCGUGUGUCAAAAAUGUGACAGAUCUAAAAGAAUUCAAAUCUGUUAUCAGGCACGUUGAAAUAUACUGCCAAUGUAAACUCUGUGCUGCUCAUUCGGGGAUCAAUAUACACUUAGUAUUUACAUGUUUUAAUUUGAUAGUUGGUGUAAAUUAG